UUACUUGGGCUUCCGUUCUGCUUUUAUUUUCAUGAUUCCACUUUUGUUCUACGUGGUGGCCUUGGCUUUCAAUCUGUUGACUACUUUGCAUGAUCGCGGCUAUGCUUGGUCUGCAGUGAUCAAGGCAACUCAGAUUAUUCCUUUCCUUUAUGGCAGCUAUCAUAUCUAUCUUUUCGUCGUGGCUUUGGUGCCCAUGCAGGGACGUUCUGGCUUUGCAUCAAAUCCAGAUAUAUUGAUUGCAGGUCUUGUUGCUUUGGGUACAGUGCUUUCUCUCAGCUUUGUGAUACCCCUUAUCAACACAUUCCGUCGCCCAAGCACCGUGAUUUUCACACUUCUUGCCAUCAACGCUGUAGGAAUGUAUUUGGCUACCAGCACCCAAAUUGGUUUCCCCUAUCGUCCAAAGACCAAUGUACAACGCGUUUCUUAUAUGGCUGUUAGAAAUCGUUUCUAUGAAUACGAUGGCACUCUAAGCAACGAUGAGUCUGGUUAUCUAUUCAACUUUUACGAUCGUCGCAUGGAAAAACCUUUCCUAGGAACCAGAGUUAACCUAACUGGCCUGCAGAGCAUGACUACAAGGUGCCAGAAGCAUAUGAUGUGUGGCAUGCCUUAUGUUAGAAAUCAUCAACAAAACCGUUUCUUGCCACGCACUGAGCCUGUUGUGCCACCGGGCUCAACAACACUUGAGCUGGUUAAUAAGACAAUGGUUAAUGCUACCGUAGCGCGUUUUGUGUUCGAAAUGACGGGUCCACCAUAUAUGAGCAUAUUCUUCCAACCCUAUGAGGAUGUAAAAAUUGUCAAUUUGUCAUUCCCCGGAGACUACUUGCAGAAACCACCACCAUAUCCGUUGGCCUAUCAUAUUUACAUUGUCUGCGGCAAAGACAGAUCACCAAUUGUAUUCUCCAUUGAUUUAAUGAAAUCUGAUGCUGACUUCGAGGUGCCAGUCCUUCAACUGGGCACAUCUGGACGUUGGGAUGCUGACAAGGGUGAUGCUGAAACUGCCAGAUUUGCUUCCACAUUCCCUUCGUUUACAAUGGUAGAUCAAUGGAUAGCUAGUUAUGAAAGAUAUAUAUAUUAGUUAUAGUUUUAAUUAACUAUAUAUUAAGGCAUAUCUAGCAAAUA